CCCAACCCCACCCGGCCACGGGAUGCCUGAUGAUUGGUGGACGCCAAUAAUACCCUGCUCUUUCCCCUCUCUUCUUCCUCCUCCGGCCUCCCUGUCGCUCCGCCCCAUCCAUCCGCGCCUCCAAAUAAAGUAAGCGCGGCCACCCACACCACCGAAUCCUCCUCCGCCUCGCAAUCCGCCCUCGCCCUCCCGCCACCGCCGCCCCUCUCCUCGACCAUCCAUCCCUUCCUCUUCGCGGAGGAGAGGGAGCACGCCGCGCGCGGCCGCCAUGGGGUUCUGGGAGGCCUUCCUCAACUGGCUCCGCAGCCUCUUUUUCAAGCAAGAAAUGGAGCUUUCAUUGAUUGGGCUCCAAAAUGCUGGGAAAACUUCGCUUGUGAAUGUUAUUGCUACAGGAGGUUUUAGCGAAGACAUGAUUCCCACAGUAGGAUUCAAUAUGAGAAAGGUAACCAAAGGAAAUGUCACAAUAAAAUUGUGGGAUCUUGGAGGCCAGCCAAGAUUCCGGAGCAUGUGGGAGAGAUACUGCCGUGCUGUUUCUGCUAUUGUGUAUGUUGUUGAUGCAGCAGAUCGGGAGAACAUGGCUAUUGCCAAAAGUGAGCUCCAUGACCUUCUGAGCAAGCCAUCUUUGACCGGUAUCCCAUUACUAGUCAUUGGCAACAAAAUCGACAAGCCUGAAGCUUUCCCUAAGCAAAGUUUCACAGAAUUGAUGGGUCUGAAGGCAAUGACUGAUCGAGAAGUUGCCUGCUUCAUGAUAUCAUGCAAGAACUCAACCAACAUUGAUUCCGUCAUUGACUGGCUCGUGAAGCACUCAAAGAAGAAGAACUGAUCCAAGAUUUGUUGCCUUUGAAGUGCUGCAGAUUCUCUCUCUGUUUUUUGCAUGUUACUUAGCAAUUGGGGCUGUAAAUUAUGUGAGAGGUCUUAAUCAGGAAGGUUAUGUGUUCAUAAUUGAUAAUUGUGUAACCUGUUUUAGCAAUCUGUUGGUUGACUGCAUCUGGCAUUUGGACGCGUGUGCUCUGUUAGGCUGCUACAAAAAGCCUACAACUUACAGAAGCCUUUAGAUGUUGCAUA